GAAUCGUUCCACUAAUUCUCAGCAAAAAUGCGAUCACUUCACUUAAUCUUCUUCAUCGUUAUCAGUCUUGUUAAAGCUUCGAAAAGCGAUGAUGGGUUUUGUUCAGCGCCUUCGAUUGUUGAAUCGGAUGAGAAAACGAAACCUAUUUAUUGGAAAGCCACAAAUCCAACACUCUCUCCUUCACACCUCCAAGACUUGCCUGGUUUCACACGAAGUGUAUACAAACGAGAUCAUGCGUUAAUAACACCGGAAAGUCAUGUAUACAGCCCUUUACCUGACUGGAAAAACACAUUAGGGGCAUAUUUGAUCACUCCGGCAACAGGAUCCCAUUUUGUCAUGUACUUGGCGAAAAUGAAAGAAAUGUCAAGUUCAGGUUUGCCUCCACAAGCCAUAGAGCGUCUUGUAUUCGUGGUCGAGGGUGCUGUGACACUCACUAACACAUCCAGUUCUUCAAAAACAUUGACGGUUGAUUCAUAUGCGUACCUGCCUCCAAACUUUCAUCAUUCCUUGAACUGUGUUGAGUCUGCAACACUUGUUGUCUUCGAGCGGAGGUAUGAACAUCUAGGAAGUCAUACUACAGAGCUCAUCGUUGGCUCCACAGACAAGCAACCACUACUUGAGACUCCUGGUGAGGUUUUUGAACUGCGGAAACUUCUUCCUGUGUCCCUUGCUUAUGACUUUAAUAUCCAUAUUAUGGAUUUUCAGCCUGGAGAGUUUCUGAAUGUUAAGGAAGUUCAUUAUAACCAACAUGGUUUGUUGCUUCUGGAGGGCCAAGGCAUUUAUCGCUUGGGCGAUAACUGGUAUCCAGUUCAGGCUGGUGAUGUCAUAUGGAUGGCUCCUUUUGUCCCUCAAUGGUAUGCUGCACUCGGAAAGACUAGGAUCCAAAACAAAAACAAACAAACUGCAGAGGCAAGAGCCUGGAUAAGUCUCGUGAUAGCAGAAAGGGGUGUCAAUAGAGUAUCGGUUAUGGCAGCUCAAAAUGUUAAUAUCUAUGAGAGACUUAACGAGGCGGCUCAAGUUGGGGAUAUUGAGAGACUCUACAAGUUGAUUGAAGAAGAUCCAAAGAUUCUAGGACACUUUGAUGAACUGCCUUUUUGUGAGACGCCACUUCACAUUGCAGCUGAAAGGGGACAAACGCAUUUCGCCAUGGAAUUGAUGACCCUUAAGCCGUCGCUUGCGUUAAAGCUAAACCCGUCAGGUUUCAGCCCAAUGCACUUAGCCCUGGAAAACAACCAUUUUCAAACUGUGAGAGGGUUUGUGGCAAUUGACAGCAACUUAGUCAGCAUCAAGGGACGAGGAAGGAUCACGCCUUUGCAUUAUGUGGCUCAAAUAGGUCAUGCAGAGUUAUUGACCGAGUUCUUGUUUGCUUGUCCAUCUUCUGUAGAAGAUCUGACUAUAAAAUGCGAGACAGCUGUGCACAUAGCCGUCAAGAACCACCAGCUGUUGGCAUUUAAGGUUCUAUGGGGAUGGGUUCAGAGAGAGCACAAAGAAGAAAUCUUGGACUGGAAAGAUGAAGAUGGUAACACAGUCUUCCAUAUUGCUGCAUCCAUAAAUCAAACUGAGGUCAUGAAGCUACUACGUAGAACUGUGAAAGUAAAAGCCAAAAACUUGGCUGGUAAGACCGCGAUGGACAUACUUCAGACUCAUCAAUCUCCUCGUUUCCCCAAAGAAAAUUCCCCAGAUUCAACCCAAGAUAAUGAUUACAACGUUCAUGCAGCUGGGCAGAUGACCAUGUCUUUCAACCAUGCCUUACUUUUUUUUAUCGUCAAUGGAGUUGCCUUCUUCUCAUCUCUAUUUGUGAUUAUGAUCCUCAUAAUUGGACUCCCUAUGUGGAUGGUCCUUUAUGGUUCAACAGCGGCUCUCGGGAUUGCUAAUUAUGCAUCAUUCAGCGAUACAUUUCCAAAUCCAAAUAGCCCAUUCAGGGAGGUCGCAGCGUCCCUCUUGCCCAUUGCAUACCCGGUGAUUACAGGAUUCAUAUUAUUUCCUCCUAUCGUGGCAUUCUUUGUUAAUAGACGUCGCCGGAACCAAGUGGACUUUCCGGCGAUGUACUUUACCCCAUCUCAGGGGUUAUCGUAAUGAAGCCUGAAGCGUUCAAGUUGAAGAGCGUUUUAAUUGUUUAUUGUCUGGAAUUAGCUCUUCUUUCCCUCGACUUUGGUGUCUGUUUUGUUUUUUCGCAGGUAUAGACUAUGAAAAUUGUUUAUACGAAACUAAGUUCUGUAGACAAUUUGUACCAACCUGCGAAUUUCUUCUGACCAUGGGCAAGUAUCGAAUUUUGCAAGUUGAAAGGCGGGAAAAACUGAGUUACUUCUCUGUUCCAAUAUAAAAAAAAGUCACUG